AUGCCCUCCGCUGUUUCCCAGUUGUACCAAUACAGCCACGUCCCCGAGACGGAGGAGAAUCUUGAUUGGGCUGACCUCCCAACCAUUGACCUCGCCAAGUAUGGCACACCAGAGGGCAACAAAGAGCUCGCCCAGACUCUGAUUGAGGCUAUCCGCACAAAGGGGUUCUUCUAUGUCAUCAACUAUGGCAUCUCACAAGAGGCUGUUGACACACAAUUUGCUCUCGGUCAAAAGUUCUACGAGCUUCCCCUAGAGGAGAAGCUCAAGUAUGAGCCGGACUUGGAUUCCGGUGACUACAACGGAUACCGUCCUGCAGGCAGACGGUUCCUGAGUGGCGGCAUCAAGGACAAGACCGAAGUCUGGAACAUGGCCACCAAGGCUGGACACAUCACACAGCCCCUUCCCACUCUGCUGGAAGACCGCAAAGAAGAGAUUGAGGGAUUUGCCAAGGACUUGCAUGACAAGGUGCUGGACCCUUUGAACCACCUCAUCGCUUUGGCCUUGGAGCUGCCCGAGGACUUUUUUACCAAGGUACACAAGUGGGAAACGCACGACGAGUCCCACCUGCGUUACAUGAAGUACUCCAAGUUCACCCCCGAGGAAAUCGAAAAGCUCGACGACGGCUUGUGGUCUCGCGGACACACCGACCUGGGCACCAUCACUCUUCUGUUCCGCCAGCCGGUAGCCGCGCUGCAGAUUAGAGACCAUGAGACUGGCAACUGGAAGUGGGCUAAGCCGCUUGAUGGCAGUCUGACUGUCAACACCUGCGACGCCCUCAGCUUCCUGACUGGAGGUUACGUCAAGUCGACCGUUCACAGGGUCUCUGUGCCGCCCAAGGACCAGCGUCACGUCGACCGCCUGGGUCUGCUUUACUUCGCUCGUCCUCAAAAUGACCUCGUGCUCAAGACCAUCGACUCACCUGUGCUGAAGCGCGGGGGCUUCACUCAGAACGAGUUCGAGGCCGGGGGUCACCGCGUCCCGACAAUGGGCGAGUUCACCACCCUCAAGCAGACAUGGCAGCAGAAGAAGGGUGUCACCUACCAGUCGUCUGAGGGGCAGGAGAUCCUCCCAGGUUUCAAGGGACAAUACUUCCAGUAA